AAGGCAAGAUAAAAGCGCUAACGUCAUGAGUUCCACAUUCGCUACAUAUUAACCCGCCAAGCGAACCAGCUUCCGGUGUGGGAACGUAUGGUAACCGGUACGGCCCUGGACUCCAAACCAUAACGGAGGGGCAGUAUUGGAUCCAUUAUCUCGGUAAGCCUCAAGCAAGGUUAACCCCAUCCGAUGAGUGCGGGGAGCAUGAUAAAGGACGAUCCCGUUACACUAAGGAGGCAUGCAUCGCAUCACUCUCGGGUAAGGGAGAAGGGUGUUCGUCUGAAUUUGAGCGGGGAUAGUGUCACCUACAAAAAGUGGUCACUUUGUGCUGGAAUAUGCGAACCAACAUUGAACAUACCUUACUGAAGAGCAACAAAGCCUCAAUUCAUAUAUAUACGAAGAACAAUUCCACAAAGUUGUGACAAUGGCCCCACCAGUCCCCGGCAUCAAGCUCAACGAGAACGGCAUCCCCGAUUUCGAAGACCUGCCCAUCCGGAAGGGGGAUCCGCACCUCUCGGCAUGGGGCUUAUACGGCGACAAGGACGAGCUAGGGACGCUAAACCGGCUAACCGACGAGCGAGUCGCCGCCGCAGCCAAGAGCGAGAUUAGAACAGGCCACCGAAUCUCCCUGAACUGGCCGAUCGACGCGCAGCCCGAGGAGUCCUUCUUCGCGCGGCAGGUCUUCCACCAGCAGCUGAUCCGCAAGGACCCGCGCGUCAUCAACGAUGACGUCUGGACCUUCAACUCGCAGGUGUCGACGCAGUGGGACGGCCUGCGCCACUUCGCGUACCAGCGCGAGGGCCUCUUCUACAACGGCGUCACCCAGGACGACAUCCACGGCUGCGGGCCCGACGGCAAGAAGUCCACCGUCAACGGGAUCCACGCGUGGACCGACCAAGGCAUAGUAGGCCGGGGCAUCCUAAUCGACCACCACAGCUGGCGGCAACGGCAACCCCCCUCCUCCGUCACCCCCUACGACUCCUUCUCCAGCCUCUCCAUCCCACUCACCGAACUCCUCGCCUGCCUCGCCUCCCAAGAUACCGUCCCGCGCUUCGGCGACAUCCUCUUCAUCCGCUCCGGCUUCCUCGCCACGCUGCCCUCCAAGCCCUCCUCCUUCAUCUCAUCGCACCGCUCCGUCGUGCCGCACCACUUCGGCGGCGUAGAGCGGUCCGAAAACAUACUCCGCUGGAUCUGGUCCAAUUUCAGCGCCGUCGCCGGCGACCAGCCCAGCUUCGAGAGCUGGCCCGCGCCGCCCGACGCCCCCUACGCCCUGCACGAGGUCCUGCUCGCCGGCUGGGGCUGCCCCGUCGGCGAGCUGUUCGACCUCGAGGCCCUGGCCGCGCACUGCGAGAGCCAGAAGCGGUGGUCCUUCUUCGUCUCGAGCGAGCCGUGCAAUGUGCCCGGCGGCGUGGCGAGCCCGCCGAAUGUGCUUGCGAUUUUCUAGGCGCGUGGGGGAUUGGGGGUUGUCUAUAGUUCUUAGGUACUUACCUACCUAAGUACCUUGGGUACUGGGUUGGAUCCAUGUUCGGGUGUCUCUUGGCGGUGGAUUGUCGUAUCGUGUCAUCUGUACAGAUAGGAGAAGUUUAGCUGGUAGAAGGGAAAAGGAAAGGGCGAGAGGAAGUCGGAGAAGCACGAUGAGCGAAAUGGAGGUUUCUUUAUGAAGGUAUCUCCUUUGAUGAAGACCCCUCGACCGAAUACGUCUACCAAAUUCCCAUCACCUAAAGGACAGACGGGAAAGCCGGCUAGUUAGUAUAAGAUCAUAAGGAGCACCUAAUUAAUCGACAUGCUAGCAAUGAAAUAGCUUGAAUGCCUUUUGAUCGUUCGACCUACCUAUCCGACGUAGCAAAGCUAUGACAGUUCUACCCGCCGAUUACUCGAGAAACCUAAGCAGCAGUCUCAUAAGCAAUGAU